AAUGGCGACGUCCAUGCGGCUACGAAAUACUUUUCGGGUACAGUUUUACUUACGAAAUGAUGUUAUAUUACUUCCUAAAUUAAAAUUAAAUGUAGCUAAAACUUCAAUAAACCCUCAUUGUAUGUAUUGUGUAAGGCAUUGUACAUCAUAUACCAUACAGAAGCAACUGCCCAACAUCACAAGAAGAUAUAUGAUAACUACAAAAAAUAUUCGAUUGAACUCAACAAAUUUAAGAAAAACAUACCUCAGGGAAUAUUCUACCAACCUUAACUCAGUUGAUGAAACAAUAAAGACACUGGCCAAAGAAGAUCUUUCAGUGCUGUGUUCCGAUAUACAAGAGGAAUUGAAUACCUCAAAUGAUGAGCUCAGGAUUAUAUCACAGUACCACUUUGAUGGUGAGGGAAAAGCUUUCCGACCUAUGAUGGUUGUACUUAUGUCCAAAGCAUGUAAUACACAUCACAAUCAAGAUAGUAGAACAUUGCUGCACUCACAAUACAGGCUGGCUAUGAUUACAGAAAUGAUCCACACAGCUAGCCUUAUACACGAUGAUGUCAUUGAUGCCUCACCCACUCGUCGAGGCAAGCCCACUGUGUAUAAAGUUUGGGGUGAAAAGAAGGCAAUACUGGCUGGAGAUUAUGUGUUAUCUGUAGCGUCACUUCUACUAGCUAGGCUUAGGAAUGAGAAUGUAAUAGUUGUGUUAAGCCAGGUCAUUGAAGACUUGGUGAGAGGUGAAUUUAUGCAACUUGGCUCUAAAGAAGACGAGAAUGAACGCUUUCAUCACUACCUCCUAAAGACUUAUAAGAAAACAGCUAGCCUGAUAGCAAAUAGCUGUAAAGCUGCUGCAAUCCUUGGGGACAGCCAUCCUGAAGUCUGCGAUAUAGCCUAUAACUUUGGACGCAACAUCGGCAUGGCCUUCCAGUUGAUCGACGACGUCCUAGACUUUGUUUCUUCCAGUGCAACGUUUGGCAAACCAACCACAGCUGAUCUGAAUCUAGGUCUAGCUACAGCUCCUGUUUUAUUUGCUGCUGAUAAGUUUCCUGAACUCCAUGAAAUGAUCAUGCGACGGUUCAGACAAGAGGGUGAUGUUGAUAAAGCUAGGCUAGCUGUUGAGGAGAGUGAUGGAAUACAACAGACAAGGUUUUUAGCUGAACGUCAUUGUGAUGAAGCCAUCAGACAAAUCAAACAAUUAAAAGCAUCUCAGGAACAAGCAGCUCUAAUUAAUCUUGCAGGAUUUGUGCUCAGUCGAAUAAAAUAACAUCAAUUUUUAUCAAUGCAAUUAUUGAUUUCAAGAUAAAUUAAAUAUAUAAUAACAAAAUUAAAUAUAGGUUUUAUUUUCAAUUAAAUGUAUUAUUUUCAGAUUGUGUUGUUAAUACAGAAAUAGAUUCAAUAAUCUAGUACUGCAGCAUAUAUUUCAGCAUUGACCAAUUUUAUUUCAAUGCAAACCAUACCAAGAGGUCAAGGUAGGGAGGGAAUUGACUUUGGUGUGAGACAGACCAUGGACAGACCGACCUUAGAAUCCCACCCUUCUUUUUCCUGUCCUUUGGUAGGACACUUUGCUCUACACCAAAAAAGUAGGAUAAAUCUCCCGGUGUGCUGACCUAGGUCAGCGCUGCACUGUGGGCACGUCGAGUCUCCAGAGGUCUAAUCUAAAUCCUUGUUAAGGACCAUAAGGGGAAGGUGGCGAACUGUCCCGGCUCUCCCCCUUCCCCUACAUUUUUCAAAAUUACAAAAUUAUAAUUAAAUUUAGGUCUAAGAGUGCCAUUUCCGGCCAUCUAGAGGUGCCAAAAUCAUAAAUUUUAUCCCUCUAGACCCCCUAUUUGUGGAAGUCCCUUCCUGGGCCCCCCUCUAUUUCAAAUUGCUGGAUCCGCCACUGCUGUGUGAAGAGAGACCAGUGCAGAUGAAUUAUGUGGCCAAGGACACAAGCAAUACGACGAGCAAGCAAUUUCAACUCAUAAACAUUCAGUCACAUUUUUAGUUUCAGAGUCUUCGCAUACAAAAUACGCAGCAAUCAAAAUCAGAGUUUCAACCUUAUGUAUGUAAAUAUGUGUACAGUACAUAACAUGCAAAAACAUUGAUUCUUGACUACUUGUGUAUUUAAUAGGCAGAAACUUAAAAAAUGGAUUUGAAUGUAAUUUAAAUUAUUGAUAGCAAGACAAAAAAAUCUAAUUAAUCUAAGAAUCUCAAUUAUUUUGCUGUUGAUUGGUUGGUGACUGCUUACCAUAAUUGGUAGUGAUUUUAUAUAUGAAGUUAUUUUAUAUUAAAUUUGACUGAAUCGGA